AGGGGAGGUAUGUGGAAUAGUUAUAAAUAUAGUGUAUCUGGAUAAUUUUGGUAAAGCUGAAGGGAAGGUGCGGAGAUCUUUCCCUUAGAGAACAAAACAAAACGGAUAUCCAGAAGCACAACACGACGCAGACAGAGAAAAGAUUUUGAUUCAAAAUCCCCAAAUUGCAAUCUCUUUCGCGGAAACCCUAGUUUUCUUAUUCUCAAAUCCAUUAUGGGGAACACGGAUAAGCUGUUGAAUCAGAUCAUGGACUUGAAAUUCACGUCGAAGUCUCUGCAACGGCAGUCGAAGAAGUGCGAGAAAGCCGAGAAAGAAGAGAAAUUGAAGGUCAAAAAGGCCAUUGAGAAAGGCAACAUGGACGGCGCCAGAAUCUACGCUGAGAAUGCCAUCCGUAAGCGCACCGAGCAGAUGAACUAUCUCCGGCUUGCUUCUCGGCUCGACGCCGUCGUGGCUCGGCUCGACACCCAAGCCAAAAUGACCAAUAUUAAUAAGUCCAUGGCUUCUAUCGUUAAAUCGCUUGAAUCAACUCUUGCUACGGGUAAUUUGCAGAAGAUGUCAGAGACAAUGGAUCAAUUUGAGAAGCAGUUUGUGAACAUGGAAGUGCAGGCAGAGUUCAUGGAGAGCUCAAUGGCAGGGUCCACCUCACUGUCUACUCCGGAAGGGGAGGUCAACAGCUUGAUGCAGCAAGUGGCGGACGAUUACGGCCUUGAGGUCUCUGUUGGGCUCCCACAACCAGCAACUCAUGCAGUCCCAACGAAGCAACAGGAGAAAGUUGAUGAGGAUGAUCUGUCAAGGCGUCUUGCUGAGCUUAAGGCUAGAGGUUAAAAUGUAUUUGAUGUGUGAUUAUAUACAUGGUCAUUGGGAUCAUAUUAAAAGCUGGAAGAACUUAUUAUCUGUGUAAAUUUAACUGAAUUUGGCUUUCCCAAUUUUAUAUGCGCUAUGUUUGUUUAUCGUAGAGAUCUUUCAUGUGGCUUCAGCUCUAGCGAAUCUCACUUCUCUAAAUAUCAUAUAUAUUGAUGUCAA